AUGACAGUGUGUGUGUCCCUGUGACCUACUUGGGCACUCUUCUGGCAAAAGGAUGCGCCGAUGAUGUGCCUCACGUCUCUGCCAGCGUGCGCCUUCCCCCCUUCUGCGUGUGUCUCAUCUGCUUCCCCGUUUUUGCAACAAAGAUGCUUCAGAGACGGGUCAGAACUGGGGAAGGGGGUCCCUCUCCCUCCAAACAAAAGAAACCUGUGCCGAGGAGAACAAUGGAUACUAGGCGCUCUUAUGAGGGCACUUUGGACGGGAGCCACAUGCGCUGCAGCGGGAGGCCAUAGUCAAGCAACUGCUUUGAAAUUGGGCCACUGCAAGAUGAAGAGGACCCUGAAUCUCUAUUCCAUCAUUGGCCUCUUAAUGGCCUUUUGCUGGAAUGGGGCCUGGGCACAAGGCUGUGGAACAGAAGAGUACCAAAACGCCGAAGGCCACUGCGUCCCUUGCGAAGGAUGUCCGCCGGGAGAGGAACCAGAUAGAAAAUGUGGCUCUGGCUCCGGCCUGGGGAUGGUCUGCAAGCCUUGUCCAGCAGGUGCCUACUCUCCAGGCUUUGGGUUGGACCGCUGCCAGCCCCAUUCCCGCUGCGAGGGCAAGAAGAGGGUCCAGGCCAGCUCUGGGACGGCUGUUGCAGACACCUUGUGUGGGGACUGCAUGCCAGGGUAUUACAGCCCCGAAGGUGAGACCAACCCAAGUGCCACCUGCCGGCCUUGUUCAUCCGCCCACAGAGGAAUCCCAGGUUGUCCAGGGUCCAAGAAGUGGCUGACGCGCCUGGCCCGCAACGCUGAGUCCGUGCAGAGACGGGAAGAGAAGAUGCCGGGGAAUGGGACCCGGGAUGGGAAGGCAGAGGAGAGCGCCACACAGUACGCCGUCCUGGCCAUCGUCCCUGUCUUCUGCGUGAUGGGCCUCUUGGGCAUCCUCUUCUGCAACCUCCUGAUGAAAAGGGGGUACCACUGCACCGCCAAUAAGGACGCCGAUGAGGAGGGGGCCAAGUCCGAGCGGAACGGGAGCAAUAAUGCGUACAGGAUCGAAGAUGCCAACGAAGACACCAUCGGGGUCUUGGUGCGCCUGAUCACGGAGAAGAAAGAGAACGCUGCUGUUUUGGAAGAGAUGCUGAAGGACUAUCACAGCAAGCAGAUCGCGCAGCCCAUCUACAAACCCAUCAACAAGCUGCACCUCCUGCCGCAGCUCCCGCACAUCUGCCGGCACCAGCACCACUUGCACACAGUCCAAGGCUUGGCCACCCGCUCCGGACCCUCCUGCACCCGAUGCAGCCAGAAGAAGUGGCCGGAGGUGCUCCCGUCCACAGAGGCAGGGGCCGAGGCCACCCUCACGUCCAACGGCAUGGGCACCAAACUGGUCAAACCUGGAAGUAAGGCAGGAAGACCCGGGGAAAUCACCAUCCUCUCUGUUGGCAGGUUCCGUGUGGCUCGCAUCCCCGAGCAGAAGCCCAACCCUCCCGAAGUGAAAACGAUCUCGGAGAGCGUGGGAGAAGGACCGGCUGAGCAACUCUACGCCUGCCUCGCUCCAGAGCAAAAGCCGCUGGUCGGCAGCGGAGGGAAGCCCAGGUGGUUGACAACGGAGGACGGCCAGCAAGAGGUCAUCAUCUGACUCGGCCAGACCAAGGCAGAACGAUGGAACAGCGGAUCAAUUGGAGGUGCCAGGCCAAAGGGCCCACCAGAGACAUGGGCCCACGGUGGGCAUCGUGGAAGGUGAAGGACGAGCCCUCGAUUUAUUUUCCCCUUCCCCGCUUCCAAGGGGGGGAUUGCCUUGUGGGGCUGGCCCCCCGAAGCCUCACCCUUGUUAACGCCACCCGUGCCAACUGGAGAGCCGAGCUCCGGAGGACACCCUUGGCAUUGCAAAGACCUUCUACACGCCUUCUUGGAGAAAGGACUGAUACGGGAGGAAAUGGGGUGGUGGGCUGGAUGAAUGGGGUUGGGAGGGGGAAAGGGAGCCUUGAGUUGCCAAACUGGAGGAAUGCUUGGCACGGGCUUUUGUUUACACGGCUGGAUGGCCAUCUGUCGGGAGGGUUUGGAUUGGGUCUUCCUGCCUGGCCGAAGGAAGGUCAGACUGGAUGUCCCUUGGGGGUCUCUUCCAACUCUAUGCUUCUAUGGCAUGGUAUAUUCUCCUAGUAGCGCCAACCUGACCAGGUAAUUUUUUUCUACAGAAGGGAAGAAGAGGAGAGGGAGCUUGUUUUUUCUUUCUUUCUAUGGGUGUCAUCAUAAAUGCACACAGACCCAGAUCUCACUCUUGUGUUUGGUGUGGGUUUCUUAGAUUUAAUGUUUGAAAGGGACCUCUGUACUUUUGAUUAUAUAUAUAUUUUCUAUAGGUGGAAUCUAGGAUCCAGGUAGUAUGCUUUCCAAAAUUCAAGUGGCCGAGGAAGGUCAGAGUGUGUCACCAUAGCAAA